CCUCUUUGCUUUUUUUCUUGUGAAUGAAAAAAGGAGGUCGCGAGCGGUCCCCGGGAGUUGCGGCGCUAGGGCGUCUCGAUGGGCGGUGGCCUUGGGUUCCGGGGCUUCUUGUGAGUGGGAGUGCCGAGCAGCCCGGCUCCCCGGCCGCCUCCAUGACAUUGGGCGCCCUGGGAGGGCCGAGAUGCUGAUCCGGAAGAGGCCGUGGCUGCGGUGCCGCGCGCGCGGCCGCUCGCCGCCCGCUGUCCGGCCCGGGCCGCACGGCCUCCGGAGUUCCUGAUCGAGCGGCGGCGGCCAGCUGUCUGCCCCCAGCACCCGCUCCCCGCAGCUCCGCUCCGGUGUCAUCUCCCUGCUUUGGCACCCCUCGCCCCGUUCCCGGGCAUCAUCCCACUACCAUGAGCGUGCUCCGCGGACAGAGAUGUGUUCCUCACGCUAGCAGUCGUCCCGUCCCGUGGAGAGCUGUCCCAAUUAAUGGAUUCUGACAUGGAUUAUGAAAGGCCAAACGUAGAGACCAUCAAGUGCGUGGUGGUGGGGGACAACGCCGUGGGCAAGACCAGGCUCAUCUGUGCCCGGGCCUGCAAUGCCACCCUCACCCAGUACCAGCUGCUUGCCACCCACGUGCCCACCGUUUGGGCCAUCGACCAGUAUCGCGUGUGCCAGGAGGUGCUGGAACGCUCCCGAGACGUGGUAGACGAUGUCAGUGUCUCCCUGCGUCUCUGGGACACCUUUGGAGACCACCACAAAGACCGCCGCUUUGCCUAUGGGAGAUCCGACGUGGUGGUUCUCUGCUUCUCCAUUGCCAACCCCAAUUCCCUCCACCAUGUCAAGACCAUGUGGUACCCAGAGAUCAAGCACUUUUGCCCUCGAGCACCUGUCGUCCUGGUCGGGUGCCAGCUGGACCUGCGUUAUGCCGACCUGGAGGCUGUCAACAGAGCUCGGCGGCCUUUGGCCAGGCCCAUCAAGCCCAAUGAGAUCCUCCCUCCAGAGAAGGGGCGGGAGGUGGCCAAGGAGCUGGGCAUCCCCUACUAUGAGACCAGUGUGGUGGCCCAGUUUGGCAUCAAGGACGUCUUUGACAAUGCCAUCCGGGCCGCUCUCAUCUCACGCCGCCACCUGCAGUUUUGGAAGUCCCACCUGCGCAAUGUGCAGCGGCCCCUGCUGCAGGCGCCCUUCCUGCCCCCCAAGCCGCCACCCCCAAUCAUUGUGGUGCCCGACCCUCCCACCGGCAGUGACGAGUGCCCCGCCCACCUCCUCGAGGACCCGCUCUGCGCGGACGUCAUCCUGGUGCUGCAGGAGCGCGUGCGCAUCUUUGCCCACAAGAUCUACCUCUCCACUUCCUCCUCCAAGUUCUACGACCUGUUCCUCAUGGACCUGAGCGAGGGGGAACUGGGGGGCUCCUCGGGGCCAGGUGGCCCCUGCCCAGAUGACCCCCGGGGCCACCCUGAACCACAGCCCCACCAUCACCACCACCAACACCAACAACACCACCAUCACCACCACCACCACGGGCGGGACUUCCUGCUCCGUGCAGCCAGCUUUGAUGUGUGUGAGAGUGUGGAUGAGGCUGGGGGCUCGGGCCCUGCUGGCCUGCGGGCCUCCACCAGUGAUGGAAUCUUAAGGGGCAACGGGACAGGGUACCUGCCGGGCAGGGGUCGUGUGCUCUCCUCCUGGAGCCGAGCCUUUGUAAGCAUUCAGGAGGAGAUGGCCGAGGAUCCCCUGACCUACAAGUCGCGGCUGAUGGUGGUGGUAAAGAUGGACAACUCCAUCCAGCCGGGGCCCUUCCGGGCCGUGCUCAAGUACCUGUACACCGGGGAGCUGGGUGAGAACGAACGGGACCUCUUGCACAUUGCCCACAUCGCUGAGCUCUUGGAGGUCUUCGACCUGCGCAUGAUGGUGGCCAACAUCCUCAACAAUGAGGCCUUCAUGAACCAGGAGAUCACCAAGGCCUUCCACGUCCGCCGCACCAACCGGGUUAAGGAGUGCUUGGCCAAAGGCACCUUCUCAGACGUGACCUUCAUCCUGGACGAUGGCACCAUCAGCGCACACAAGCCCCUGCUGAUUUCCAGCUGUGACUGGAUGGCUGCCAUGUUUGGGGGGCCGUUCGUGGAGAGUUCCACCAGAGAGGUGGUAUUCCCCUACACAAGCAAGAGCUGCAUGCGGGCGGUGCUGGAAUACCUCUACACUGGCAUGUUCACAUCCACCCCUGACCUGGACGACAUGAAGCUCAUCAUCCUGGCCAACCGCCUCUGCCUGCCACACUUGGUUGCCCUCACAGAGCAGUACACAGUGACCGGGCUGAUGGAAGCCACCCAGAUGAUGGUGGACAUCGAUGGCGACGUCCUGGUGUUCCUGGAGCUGGCUCAGUUCCACUGUGCCCACCAGCUGGCCGACUGGUGCCUGCACCACAUCUGUACCAACUACAACAACGUGUGCCGCAAGUUCCCCCGCGACAUGAAGGCCAUGUCCCCAGAAAACCAGGAAUACUUCGAGAAGCACCGGUGGCCUCCUGUGUGGUAUCUCAAAGAGGAGGACCACUACCAGCGUGCCCGGAAGGAGCGGGAGAAGGAGGACUACCUGCACCUGAGGAGGCAGCCCAAGCGGCGCUGGCUCUUCUGGAACAGCCCCUCUUCACCACCCUCUUCUGCCGCUGCCUCCUCGUCGCCCUCCUCCUCCUCGGCCGUGGUCUGAGAAGCCACUGCCUUCUCCUGACCCCUCCGCUGCUGCUGCCCCCAUCUGCCCUCUGCUCUUCUGCACCGCUCCUUCCACCUGACAGCAACAAGGGGCCCCCGAUAACCAGGACCCUGAGGGCAGAGCUGUCAGCAGCCGCAGCAGCCGACACAGAGGAGCUGGACCCUGCUGAUAGAUGGAUGGACUGCAUUUGGGGGACUGCCCAUAGAGCUUGCCAGCUCCCAGGGAAGACAGGAGACAACUGCUGGCGGGCGGGGAGCAGGGACCGAGCUGCCAGGCUCUGUCGACUUUCCGAAUGGGUCCAAGAGCCGGGAGGUGUGUCUUUGAUCUGAGUUCUGGCCACACACACAGCGCCCGUCUCAGGCAGUGGCGAGGGGCCUGCUCUACUGGUGGUCUUUUUCGCCAAUGGACUACAGGGCUGCCGAGUAGUUUGCAAAGGGCCUUGCCAUCUGCAGCCAACUCGUGUCCUCGCUGGAGAAGUCAGGGUAGAAACUCAGUCUCCCAAGAGCUCAGCUCAAAGCUUCUGUCUCCUGGGGCUGGGCGUUCGGAUCCUGCCCGCCUCCCUUCCGGCUGCAGACCGCGCAACUCUCAGCCUGCAAGCGCAGCACCAGUGUAACUGGAAACUUCUCCCUCGCUUCUGGAGGAAGCCUCAGACUGGG